AUGGAUCUUGAUACCGCCAAUACUUUCGUCUCUCCAGGUGCACUCUCUGGUGAGAGCGCAUUUGAUGAGUACGCCUCCAAUCCGCGUUUCCAACAGUUGCAAACGGAAUUGCGGUCAUGGCUCUUCGUAGGCGCCAACAGCCGGGACCAUUCGCCAGAGCCAGAGCUCACGCCCGAGGAGCACAACCUCUCCGCCAGUUACAGGCCUGGUCAUGAGUACCUUUGGGAGCACAUGGUGAACGGCGCAAGUCAGAUCCCUCCGUUUAAGAAGAUCCAUUAUCUUCAAGUAUGGAUCACUGACUGUGCCCCUUGGCUUGACAUGUUCGACGGCGAACGACACUUUGGACAGCAAGUGCCCAUCAUCGCGCAACGGUCCGCCGCUGUUCUGCAUGCGAUGCUUGCAGUUGGCGCUCGUACGGCGGAACGACAAGCCCGGAUAGAAUUAUCAGGGUCGCACGACAGUCUCGAGCUAUACUCGCAAGCAAUCACUUCGCUCACCUCGUCUCUGAGCACGAGGGAGCCCACGGUCGUGCUGACUGCGUGUCUACUGUGUGUUCUGGAAAUGAUGAGCGUGAGUCCGCGAGAUUGGAGGCGGCAUGUUGAAGGGUGUGCGGCGCUCUUUGCUUCCUUCGGAAUUAACGGGUUUUCUGGUGGGUUGCUUCAGGCUGUCUUUUGGUGCUAUGCUCGAAUGGACCUUUGCGGCGCCAUCAUUGCCAACGGGACAGAAGCCACCGUGCUAGGCAUUGAUAAGUGGAUCCGGCUUGAAGAAUUUAGCGGUUCUGAUGUUGAAAAAGGGGAGGAGAUCAACCGACGAUUCUGGCUGAAGGGUCAGCAGGUUCCGGACAUGUAUGCUAACUUUGCCGUUUACCUUUGCGCAAAAGUAUGCGACCUCCUCGUCCGCCGAAUCAAGUGUGUCGAAAUGGGAGAGGACAACGGAUGUGAGCACGGGAAUCUCGAAUCGGAAUGGACUCAGCUAUGGGGUGAUCUUCAAGAAUGGCUCUCGAGACGUCCUGUUGAAAUGCUUCCAGUGAAGACGAUCCGAGAUGGUGCUUUUCCGAGAAUCUUCUUUUCCCACUGGGCUGCGAUAUCUGGCAAUCAACUGUUUCAUACCGCGUGUAUCUUGAUGCUAGAAAUUAAAGGGAUCCAGGAGCUUGAUCGCCCAGAACAAGUCUACUCACCCUUGUGGCACGCACGGAGAAUCGUGGGGAUUUCUCUGACAAAUCCUCAUCCUGGAUGUAUUAACAAUGCCAUUCAGCCCCUCUAUGUUGCCGGGAAAUUGUUCACGCACAGGGAAGAGCAGGCGAUCAUCGUAAAGCUGAUUGAUUCAAUCGAGACACGCACCGGCUGGGGUUCUCGAUGGCGGAUCAAAGAUCUCGAGGCAUUUUGGGGUUAUCAUCGAGGUACAUUUACAUGA